AUGGCGGGAUUGAAAUUUUUAUUAAAAAUAGUAAUAUUUAUAAUAUGUGCCAUAACACAAUCAACAUGGAAUAUUGCAUCGGCAUCACGACUUAAUGUACCAAGAGUUUUAUUACCAAUAUUCAACGAUUUUCCAGUCAAUUUUACGUUGGAAGUAACCGAAGGAGGUUGUUACCAAUGGUCUACGUCACGCUUAGACAUAAUUCAUUUAAUUCCUAUAAAUGAAAAUCCAGACCACACAUGUUCAUCGGCGGUUAUUGUACAAAGUGUUACAAGAGAUUUAACCCGCAAUACAGCGAUAGUACUUGCUGAAGAUAUAAAUACUGGUCAAUUUUUACGUUGUGAUGUAAUUGUUGAUGUUAUAUAUUCUUUAAGCUUAGUAUCAACGACAAGAGAAUUAUUUAUUGAAGAAGCUCCCGAGGCAUUUGAAGUGAGAGCUAAUGAUGAUCAAGGAAAUGAAUUUACAACCUUAACUGGGGUUGAAUUCAUAUGGACUAUUGGAAAUGGUGACAAAAGUUCAAGUCUAGAUACUGCUAAUAGUGUAUUGAGAUUUAUAACCUUUCAAGAGUCGCCAUACGAGACACCUUCUUCAAUUGCAAUGCUUGAUGGUACUGGAAAAACAGGAAGCAUUGUUUUAUUGGAAGGUGUUAAAACUGGUACAGCUAAAGUUGCAGCUAAAUUACCUCAUAUUGAGUACAAAGAUGUGCCGUCUGUUGAAGUUGAAUUAAUUGUUGUUGCUAAUCUUAUAAUAAUACCCACUGAUGUUACAGUAAUGGCUUUUGACAGUAUUAAAUACAAAAUAAUGCAAGUACACCAGGGACGACUAGAAAAAAUAAAUUUGCCAUUUAGUCAAUAUUAUUUAGAGGCUGAACACCCUGAUACUUUAGAUAUAGAUAAUGAUAGUGGUAAAGCAUACGCAUUAUCAAAUGGUAAAACUAAGGUUUCACUUCAUGAUAAAAAUGUUAACGAAGAUUAUGGUAUUGUCCUACCGACGGCUACUGUUAAUGUUAAUUCUGUUGACUACAUUACAAUCACCGUGUUACCUAAUAGAAAUCGUGGAUUAAUAUUGGGUGAAACACAUGAAAUUAUCGUUGAAUUGUUUGAUACUAAAGAUCAUAAGUUUUAUAUCGGAGAUGGUGUAGAAGUUAUGAUUACGAUAGAUUCAAAAUAUUUUCAUACUAAAUUCACAAGUAAAAAUGGAACUUAUGUUGUUGGAGUUCCUAUUUCUUGUGGUACAACAACUGUUGAAGCUAAAUUGCAUGGUGUAAUUGAUAAAAAUGGUAAAAAAAUUCCAUUACCAACUCCACUGGUUGCUAAAGCUGAUUUGAUUAUUCAUACACCAGUCAUUAUUAAUCCAAAAAUAUUAGCAGUGCCUUGGGAUCCUAAGAGUAAAUCGCGAUUGGAUGUACCUCUAAAAGCAAGUGGAGGUGAUGGUACAUAUGUAUGGAACUCCAGACAGCCAUCAAUAGCUACUGUAAGCCAAAAUGGAGUUGUAAGAAUCUUAAAUCAAGGUACUACUGAUGUUAUUGUAUCAAUGGCCCGCAAUCAGUUCAAUAAUGACCGAGCAAAAGUUUACGUUAUGUUACCAACACGAUUAGAAAUAAUUCAAUAUAGUAUGGACGCAGCUACAGGUGAACCGAUUCAUCUAUACGUGGCACUGUAUGGUAAGUUAAAUAAUACACCGGAAGCAAAAGAAAUGCCAUUUACCGAUUGUCGUGAUACUUUGUUUGAAAUAUAUAUUUCUGACAAUAACUUUGUGCGGAACUCAACCAGUGAAUCGGUUCAGCCAAUAGGUAUUUCGUGUACAACUUUAACGGUAAUAGGAACAGAUAUUGGAUCCUCAAGUAUUACAGUAGCUUAUCGUGCUAAUGGACAAUAUCUAAUGGACAAUGUUACUGUAUCAGCUUAUGAGCCAUUAACGUCAAUCCAUCCAUCAAGUGCUGAAACUCUUCUUGCUGUCGGAUCUUCGAGGAAUAUUAUUUUUAAAGGUGGACCGCAUCCAUGGACUGGAAAACCAAAUAGUUUUGCAAGAGAAAUUGCAUUGUCGGAUGAAGAAAUAAUUCAAGUUAAUGAACUAGAUGAUACAGUUGGUGUUUCAAUAUUCAAAGUCACUUGUCGUGCUUUGGGUCAAGCUACAUUAACGUACAAAGUAUUUAAUAAACCAUUUUUUCCUAAUUGUUAUAGUACUGGUGCUACUGCAAUCGUACAAAUAAUUUGUAGUAAACCGAGAUACAUCUAUCUUCAACCAGAAUUUAAGGAUAGUAAAAAUUGUCCUAUUGGCAAUAAUGCUGAGAGAAUAAUGGCACAUGCAAAUCAACCUCUACGACUUGUAGUUGUAGUGAAGGAUGAAGAUGGUAAACGUUUUGAUAAUAUUACAAGUUUAAAUAUAGAAUGGACAUUGAAACCAUCUGGUAUUGGAUCAUUUCAAGUAUCAACGGGUAUUCUCGAGCAAACUUUUGUUGAUUAUAAUGUUAUUUUGCCAAUGACUCAUUAUCAAACAGUUAUUCCAAAAAAGCACAUGGGUACACUCACAAUAUCAGCUAAAAUUACGGAUUAUCAGAAAUUCAUACUGGCAAAAUUAAAAAUUAUACCAGAAUGGCCACCUUUUCCAAUAACUACCGAAAAAGGUAAUUUAGUAACACCACGUAUAACAGCAGAAUUAAAUAUAUUGUUAGUCAAUGAUACCGUAAUAACUCCGAAAAAAAUAAAAUUGCUAAAUGAUCCAAAUAUUAAAUAUUCAUUACAAGUAAAUCAAGGAUCUGGUUAUUAUGAAUUUAUACUCAGUGUUGAUGAUAUAGCAGACGUACGUUACAUUGAGCCAACUAAAACAAUUAGCGUUAUUCCAAAAAAAGCUGGUAUCCUUCAAGUAGCUUUGAAAGACCUUUGUUUAGAUUCUGCACCAGCGAUUGCGGAAAUUCAAGUUCAACAAUUAGCUGAAAUUGAAAUAGUAAGUGUAAAUAAAGUUGAAAAGGACAAAUGUAUUUUAGCUGCUGUUAAAUUAUUCGAUACUAUUGGCAAUUUGAUAGAAUUACCAUCAUUAGAAGCAUUUGAUCUGCACCCAGAAGUAGAUAACAAAUUUAUCGAACUAGUAAAACUACCCAUUAAUGAACAAGGCCAAUCGCCAUACUCACAAAUACUUUACAUGAUACAUGGUAUCCAAGAAGGUGAAUCAAGACUUAAUUUCAUAAGUGGUUACGGUGAUCAAGAAAUACGCAGCGAGUCGAAUAUUAUUCAAGUAUUUAUGCCGUUAAAAGUCACAAACAACAAUAUUACAAUACUAAUUGGUACAAUUUAUCAAAUUAUGACAAUUGGUGGCCCUGUAAAUGCACAAAUUGAAUUUACUGUAGACAACGAAGAUAUUGUAACUAUAAAUAACGAAGGAAUUUUUGAGGGUAAAAUGAUUGGCUCUACUAAAGUGAUUGCAGAGGCAGUUGGUCUAGAUUCUAAAGGUACUAGAGUUGUUUAUUCACAAGAUUUUGUAAAUAUUCACGUUAUUACAUUAGAAGGAAUUAGAAUUGUAACGCCAACUUCAAGAAUAAAAGUAGGAGCAACUAUUCCACUUUGGGCAUUUGGAAUACCCGAUCAAUUAACGCCAUUAGUAAUUGGAUCUUUGAAAUCACUACUUGUAUUUACUUGGUAUUCCAGUGAUUCCAAUCUAAUCAAUUUACACAACAUGUACGAAGGUACAGGGAUAAAUAUAAGAUACCAAAAUGAAGUGACAUUACGAGCAACAGCAUUAAAAUCAGGAUCAACAACCGUUUAUUUGAAUGUUACAAUUCCAUCUAAAAUAUUAUCGAGUUUUAAAGAAGAUGUGACAUUCAGUACAUUUAUUAAAAUCGAAAUUAUCGAAGAGUUGAGAUUAAUUAAUCCAGAAAUCACAGAUAGUAUGCCAGUUAUACUCAUGACUCCAAAUUCAAGUUUAAAGUUACAAACAAAUAAAGAUAAUUCUGGAAUUACAACUUAUAAAAUAGUAGUAUCAGGACAUUUAAAUGAAUCUGCUGAACCCAAUGCAUUAACUGCAACUAAAACAGUGACUGUUGACAAAAAUGGUAUGAUUAAAUCUGGCGAUUCAAUAGGUAAAACAAUAUUAUCAAUAACAAAUAUUGAAUCUUAUAACCGAAAACAGACAAUGACAAUAAUUAUCGAUGUUAAACCUGUUCAUUAUAUGAUGUUAUCAUUGAGUUCUAAUGUUCGAAUACGUGCUGGUGAAGAAUUAAAUGUUUUACCCAAGGGAAUGGAAUUAAAUUAUAUUAUUGAAUAUUUCGAUAAUAUUGGAAGUAAAUUUCAUGCCGCUGAGUUGAAAUUUGAUACUAUUUCUAAUCGCGGUGAUCUAGUUACAUUUACUUCAGAACAAUCAAAUAACCAACUAAAUGUUAAAUUUCACAACAAUGGUGAAUUGGUGGCUAAAGUAUACAGUGAUAAACAUACAACAAACAUAUUUGAUUAUGUCCAUAUGAUGAUUGGUGAUAUUAUAUUUCCAUCAAAAACAUUAUUGACCGUUGGUGAUAUUGUAUGCUUUUCAAUGCCUCUUUUGUCAACUAAAACUGGUGAUCCAGGAUUUUGGCAAUCAUCAAAACCUGAAAUUUUAUCCGUAGAUGCUGUUACUGGAAUAGGAAAAGCUAGGAAUCUAGGGCAAACAUUUGUCAGACAUAGUUUAACUGAUAACAAACAAGAUGAUAUUGAAGUCAACGUUGAACCUAUUUCCAAAAUAUCAUUAGUGUCAUUAAGAGGUAAAAAUAUAACAGGAAUGGAAAUCUUUAGUGUACCACUUGUAUUGAAAAGUAAAGAUGAAGGUAUUAAAGAGAAUAAUGUUCUGGCAAGAGGCUUACGUGGCUGUCGUACACGUACAUCAUUUACACUAGAUUCUUUCCCUUUUACGUGUACAGUACAAUUUGUAUCAAAGCUAUCAUCAGUUAAUAUUAAGGAUAUAUUUAUUGCUAAACCAAGAUUCGAUAUUGUAAGUGGCUUUUACUACUGUGACAUUAUUCCAAUUGGAAUACCGACAAUGGUGUCUAGUACAUUGGACACACGUAUUCAAAUUAAUGCUCAUAGUCAUGAUGUUGAAGGUAAUGCUUUGGAAAUAAUUUAUUUACCACCUGUAUAUAUUAAAUCAAGUGAUGUUACUUUUGUACAAACAAAUCCUCAAGUCAUAGCUACCGCUACACUGCAAAUUUAUGGGCUUAAAAGUGUAUUAGAACAUACCCGGCUUCAAGUACCAGAAGGUGUUGUGAUUCAUUCACAUGAAUUAACUACAUUGUCGACAUUACAAUUUAAUUUACGAUUAAUGCCAGAUAAAGAUGAUAUUCAAGGACAGAAAAUAAUUGUAAUUAAUGAACUUACACGACAAAAUAUCACACUUAUGAUCAGAACAUCUAGGAAUGAUUAUAACACAUUGUCUGGUAUCAAUUGGAUAGACUGUUUAUGUUAUCAUCAAUAUACAAUCAUCACACUCGCCAUAAUAAUCAUAACAAUGAUUUGGAUGUGGAAAAAUAAAAUCGCAAGUGUUGAUUUGUCUGUAAGAAAUACAACUGUUUUUGCAGACCAAAGUCCACCACCUAUGAAAAAAUGUCCAAAUCAGGUUAAUGUUAGCUCAACUAUAAAUCACUCAAUAAAUUCCUCUAGUCCACAACGAAGUCCAGAAUCACCUUUAAGACCAUUUUCAGCUUUUGAACCGGUGUAUGGUGAUCCGCGUGGUUUUUAUACACCAAAUACUAGACGAAACAUAUCCUUUAAUUGUUCUUAA